AUGGUGGUUUUUCUCGACCAUCUGUCCCAGAUGAAGGAAAUCGACCUGUACACCGUUGACACUGUGUGGUUGAAGCGGAUCACGUCCGAGCCCACCCCACUACUCGAGACACUCGCGCUCGAAAGCACCUCUGCCAAACCAUUCACGUUCUCUCCGGGUGCAUUUCCAGCGUUGCGACACCUGUCGCUGAAACUUUAUGUGUGCAAAACUAGUCUGGCAUCUCUCACUUCUCUUCACUCUCUUGUGAUCGACUGCACAUAUAUAAGUGCACUCGAGCUUCCAUCUCCCAUCGAAUUCUUCACUGCGCUGAACGAUCACCCCCAUCUAUCGAGGCUCACUCUCGUCAAUGCCCUCGCACUGCCGAUAACACCGACUCCUUCGCUGUCCAUAUGCCUCCCAAGCCUAACAGACCUAUCUAUUGAAGAUGGCGAUGUUCGUAAUAUUGGGUUAAUUACAUGUAUUACAGCGCCGUGUCUCGAAACCAGAAAACACUGGACCACCAUGAUGCAACUCGACGUUGAGUCUUCCCUUGCCGUCAUCGUCGCCAUAUACUCAAAGCUUCCCGAUCUCACCCAUUCCAGCUGCGAGUUCAUACUUAGCACUCGCCGAUCGUCAUCUUACGCGCGUGUGCGGGUUUGGGCGAAUCACACGGAAGAUCGGCGAGAAUCCAUGACUCCAUUCUUCGAUUUCAAAGUCAUGGGCCCCAUCGCAGGUUUGCAGAUAGAGGAAUCCGUUUUGAUGCUCUUUCCUCCGACUUCUAUACCGCCCACGCUGUACUUUUCUUCGGAUGCCGACUCGUUCAGCGACGACGCUUUCAGUACAACCCGGCAGCGGAUUCUCCGCCAACUCACCAACGUAACUGAAGUUCAUGCCGACCGGUUGAUCGACCUAGUCCUCAUCAUGUGCGAUACGCCAACAAAGCGAGGAGAAAACACCAUGUCGCUUCCCUCAUGGACAAAGAUGGUUCUCCACGACGUGUUCGAUGUCAAUUACAAAGCCCGAGUUUUGGCGAGGUUGAAGAAGCAGACUAAUGCGCGAAAGGCAAAGAAUGCAGCAAUCAAAACUUGGCAAUUCAACCUCAGGACCACGGGUGCUACUGCUCUGACUACUGCAGAUGUCCAGCAAUUCGAAGAUCUCGUCGACGCCGUAGAAAUUGGAUCCAGGCAAUGCCACCAAUUUCUGCUCUAA